AUGAUCGGAAAGCACGAUGAAGACAGUAGACGCAGUAGGUGGGCUGUGGCCGACAUCUUGCGAAACGGCUUCAUCUACCCCAACGGCACCAACCGCAAGGGCAAAUGGCUCAAGGAGGUGCCAGUCUGCAGGGUUGAUACCGAGAACUUCUACGUCGAGGAUGUGCAGAAUUCGUGGUCGGCAUGCUGCACGCAAGAGGAGCCAAGGGGCUUCGAUAGCUUUGGAACUGUAGGGUUUAAGCAGUGGUGGUCGUUGACAGAGGGGGAGUAG